AUGGUGAUCGACAAGAUGUACCAGCACCUGAUAAGCUGGAACUAUUCUGGGUCAUCCUUUGUUGUCUGCAAUGUUCUGGAGUUCUCGCGAGAUGUGCUUCCCAAGCACUUCAAGCAUAACAACUUUUCGAGCUUCGUGCGCCAGCUCAACAUGUAUGGCUUCCACAAAGUAAACAAGUCCCCACGGGGUAGUCGUGCCCUUGCCGAGAACCAAGUGUGGGAGUUCUCGCAUCCAAAAUUUCUGCGGGACCGACCCGAUCUCCUCGACGAAAUCAAGCGAAAGACGAUCGAGUCCGAGACCUUGAGACGUGAGACUGGCGACAUCCAAGCGCAGAUGCAAAUGAUGCAGGUGCAGCAGUCCGAUAUGAUCCAGCAGCUGCAGCACAUGCAGGAUGCCUUCAGCCAGGUUCUUCGUGAACUGGCCGACUCGCGCCGAAAGCAGGUCGUCCACCAGCAGAUCAUGAAGAGCAUGAUGGACUACAUCAAGCAGAGCACCCCGCCCACACGUGAGUUGCUGCACCCUUUGCCCGCCUGGCUCGCUCUCGUUCUGCUGCCCUGCGCUGCCGGUUCAUAG